AUGCAGUGGAUUCACCUGCGGAUCCAGCGGUUGAAGCCGCCCUGCCGACCCCUCACGGGGAAGGGCCGCCUGCCCACCACCCCUCACGUCGGCCUGGGCCCGUUUGCCCUGAUGGCGGUGACUGGUAAUCGCGUCCCAGCAGAGUGCGCCUGCUUCACGAACUGGCGCCGCGCCUUGGGGGGCGGAGGCGGCGCGGCGGGGGGUGGGGGUAGCUUAAGGCUUUUGGCUGUGGGUUUGGGUUGGUUUGUGCGUUUUGGGUGGAUUGGUUGGGGUAUUUCACUCCUUUCCUCCCCCCCCGCCUGUGCGGAGGGGCGCUGGGUGUUGUGGUCGCUGCCCCGGCGGAAGAGGGUGCCGAGAGGCAAAAGUAAAGAAGCGGAGAUAAAGAGGAUAAAUAAAGAACUAGCAAACAUUCGGUCAAAAUUCAAAGGUGACAAGGCUCUGGAUGGUUACAGUAAGAAAAAAUAUGUCUGCAAACUGCUUUUCAUCUUUCUCCUGGGGCAUGACAUUGACUUUGGUCACAUGGAGGCUGUAAACCUGCUCAGUUCCAAUAGAUAUACAGAGAAACAAAUUGGCUAUCUCUUCAUCUCCGUACUAGUGAACUCUAACAGUGAGCUGAUUCGCUUAAUAAACAAUGCGAUCAAGAAUGAUCUGGCGAGCCGCAACCCCACUUUCAUGGGGCUUGCUCUGCAUUGCAUUGCUAAUGUGGGUAGCCGGGAGAUGGCGGAAGCAUUUGCUGGAGAAAUUCCAAAAAUACUUGUAGCUGGAGAUACUAUGGAUAGUGUGAAGCAGAGUGCUGCCUUAUGCUUGCUGCGUUUAUAUAGAACUUCUCCUGACCUUGUCCCCAUGGGAGACUGGACAUCUAGAGUGGUGCAUCUCCUCAAUGACCAGCACUUGGGUGUGGUUACUGCAGCUACAAGUCUGAUCACCACUUUGGCACAGAAGAACCCAGAAGAGUUUAAAACUUCAGUCUCCUUGGCAGUGUCUAGAUUAAGCAGAAUUGUAACUUCUGCAUCAACAGAUCUUCAGGACUAUACAUACUACUUUGUUCCUGCUCCUUGGUUAUCUGUGAAACUUCUGAGGCUGUUACAGUGCUAUCCACCUCCAGAAGACCCUGCGGUACGUGGUCGUCUAACAGAAUGCCUGGAAACUAUUCUUAACAAAGCGCAGGAGCCACCAAAGUCAAAAAAAGUACAACACUCAAAUGCAAAGAAUGCUGUGCUGUUUGAGGCAAUAAGCUUAAUUAUACAUCAUGACAGUGAGCCAAAUCUACUAGUCCGUGCCUGUAACCAGCUAGGUCAGUUCUUGCAGCACCGAGAAACUAAUUUGCGUUACCUAGCACUGGAAAGCAUGUGCACGCUUGCCAGCUCUGAAUUCUCACAUGAGGCUGUGAAAACACACAUAGAAACAGUUAUCAAUGCAUUGAAGACUGAAAGAGAUGUAAGUGUACGACAAAGAGCUGUAGAUCUCCUGUACGCAAUGUGUGACCGAAGCAAUGCCCAACAGAUUGUGGCUGAAAUGCUGAAUUACUUGGAGACUGCUGAUUAUUCCAUUAGAGAAGAAAUUGUUCUGAAAGUUGCAAUUCUAGCUGAGAAGUAUGCCGUGGACUAUACCUGGUAUGUGGAUACAAUCUUGAAUCUGAUUCGCAUUGCUGGUGACUAUGUCAGUGAAGAAGUGUGGUAUCGAGUUAUUCAGAUUGUCAUCAACAGGGAUGAUGUUCAAGGGUAUGCAGCAAAGACUGUUUUUGAGGCCCUUCAAGCUCCAGCAUGCCAUGAGAAUCUUGUAAAAGUAGGUGGCUACAUCUUGGGAGAAUUUGGGAAUCUGAUAGCAGGUGAUCCGAGAUCAAGUCCCCUCAUCCAGUUCAACUUGCUACAUUCCAAGUUUCAUCUGUGUAGUGUUCCUACCCGAGCUCUGCUUCUGUCUACCUACAUCAAGUUUGUGAACCUGUUUCCAGAAAUCAAAACUACAAUUCAAGAUGUAUUGCGCAGUGACAGUCAGCUAAAAAAUGCUGAUGUUGAGCUGCAGCAGAGAGCUGUUGAGUAUUUGAGGCUCAGUACUAUUGCCAGUACUGAUAUAUUGGCUACAGUGCUGGAAGAAAUGCCUCCCUUUCCAGAGAGGGAAUCUUCUAUUUUGGCUAAACUCAAGAAGAAGAAAGGCCCAGGCACAGUUACUGACCUGGAAGAGAUCAAAAAGGAGAGGAGCUCUGAUAUGAAUGGAAGCACUGAACCUGCCUCUGUCAAUGCCAGUGCUGUUUCUACACCUUCUCCAUCUGCGGAUCUGUUGGGUCUGGGUGCUGCCCCUCUCACCAAUUCAGCUCCCCCACCGUCCUCUAGUGGUAGCCUGCUGGUGGAUGUAUUUUCAGAUUCAGCUUCUGCGGUUGCACCUCUUGCUCCUGGUUCUGAUGACAACUUUGCGAGGUUUGUGUGUAAAAAUAAUGGAGUCUUAUUUGAAAAUCAGUUGCUACAAAUUGGAUUGAAAUCUGAAUUUCGACAGAACCUGGGACGUAUGUUCAUAUUCUAUGGUAAUAAGACAUCAACACAGUUCUUGAAUUUUACUCCAACAGUAAUCUGCUCAGAUGACCUACAGUCAAGCCUGAAUCUUCAGACAAAACCUGUUGACCCUACAGUGGAUGGAGGUGCACAGGUUCAACAGGUUGUGAACAUUGAAUGUGUGUCAGACUUUAUGGAAGCUCCAAUCCUGAACAUCCAAUUCAGGUAUGGUGGAACAUUUCAAAAUCUUUCGGUAAAAUUACCCAUCACAUUGAAUAAAUUUUUCCAGCCAACAGAGAUGUCUUCUCAAGACUUUUUUCAGCGUUGGAAGCAACUGAGCAAUCCGAAACAAGAAGUACAGAGUAUCUUUAAAGCAAAACACCCGAUGGAUGCAGAGAUCACAAAAGCAAAGAUAAUUGGCUUUGGAUCAGCCCUACUUGAGGAGGUAGAUCCCAAUCCUGCUAACUUUGUUGGUGCUGGUAUCAUACAUACAAAAACUACUCAGAUUGGAUGCUUGCUGCGCCUCGAACCCAACCUCCAGGCACAGAUGUAUAGGCUCACACUACGAACAAGUAAAGAAGCUGUAUCUCAGAGAUUAUGUGAAUUGCUGUCAGAACAGUUUUAAUAUUAACCAUGCCAGUUUUGGUUUUUCCACUUAUAUCACUGUCAUCAUACUGCAAAUAAAUGUCUUGUACAUCACUGUCUGAGUACUGCAGUGUUAACCAAUACCAGCUCCCUGCCUUAAUAGGACUUGGCCCUUGUUUGAAAUAAAAUAUACAGUACAGGGAAGUGACUUCUUAAAUUAAAAAUGGCUUUUAGUGCGUUACACAAAGGGUGAGAGGGCUGUCUUGUGCUCCUUUUUUUUGCAGAGGUCAGGCUUUUAAACUUGUUAAAGGGAAAUUGAUUUAGAUGUGGUAACCAAGGAUUUCAACUGGAAAUGGCUAAUAACAUUCUGCUUUAGUGCCUUUAACAGGUACUCCCUCUGCUCUGAGUUGAAAGAAACCAAUGUAAUGCUGCUCAGUAAGGUUAAUUCAGAUGUUAAUGUAGAGUCAAAACUUUGUAAAGUUGAGCAUUGCCGCAAGUCUUGUACUGGAUGGAAGGGCAGAUUCCAAGAUGCAUUUGAAUCUGAUUCAAGUGAACAUUUAUGUUGAGUGUCACCAAUCUUUGUAUUUGAAAAAUGCCACAGGACCAGAAUCUUAAAGUAUUAAUCUUGUAAUCCUUUACAUCUUAAUGUUUUCUGAUCUUUGGAAAGUGGAUUGAACACAAAAGCUAUUCUUAAUCCUUCUGCUUAUUUCAAAUAAUGAGGUGAGCUUCUCUGGUAGGUGGUGAAAUGCUUGUCCACUGUUAGUCAAACUGAAGUUAAAUAUUCUGUUCUGUGUUUCUGUUUCCCAUCAGACUUAGCAAGUAAUAGUCCUAAUGAUGUGAUAUAACUAACUGCAGAGUCUGGUAUUGUAUAAAAGAAGUGGGAAGAAAUGGGCCUUUGAAAGGCUGUAAGGCAUGCACUCUUUUAGAUGAAAAUGUAAUUUUAAACAAUAUUUUUUCCCAAGUGUACAGUAAUGUUAGAACUCGAGAGGUUGAAUAACUGAUAUCUGAACAGUUUCCUGUCUGUCAGUGGUGGUAAAAAUAUCCAAUGUGUUGUAGAAGACUUGUGUUGAGACUGAGAGUAGAAGGCCCAAAAAUGUUCAGCUUUUAUAGUGAUUUUUACAACAAAAGCCUUUAGCUUAUUCCACAUUAGCAAACUCUCUGCAGAAGUAAGUGGACGCAACUUUGGCUCACACUCUUCAAGCCUUGAGAUGCAACAAAGGCUGCUAAAACAGAGCAGGUGAGGUAGUGCAGUUAGAAACUGCGGGCAGUUGUCAGCGAGUACUACAGGUCACGAUGAACAAAGUCAGCUGCUGCUGACAUGAGAAGUGAACCUCAGAUCAAGAUUUCCUCAAGGUUAUUUAAAGGAAGCCUGGGACUGGUGUCUCACAACACAUAUAGCCAAGUAUGCCCAUGAAAUAAAGGUUUUGAGUGAUAGCGAUGACAUUGAAAAUACAUUUAAAUGAGGCUCCUGUCAUGCUGCCCAGUGCACAGCAGGGGACAGGAUUCUACAUGAUUGAGUGUGCCUUGCUUUUUUCUUCAGUGCUUUGAGUUAAAUGAUGGAACUGGGUGAUUAUAAUUUGGUUUGGUUGAAGGCCCCUGACUGUACUUGAGUGCAAGUGAAAAAUGAGGAACAAAGGUUUGACUGUGGUGUGUGGAUUUUGGGAGAUGUUUUGUUUUUCCAGAAAUGGGUGGUAACUGUGGAAGUUAUAACUGAAAACUUGGCUAUAGACCUGGUCUUUCUGCAAAAGUUCUCUUAAACAAUUGGCCUUUUUAUGGCCUUUCAGGUAGCUAACCAAGACUCUUUGAUCACAAACACUUUCUUUGAAAACCUUCAUGAGCAGUUCCUGCAGUCAGGUUGGGCAGUUGGCAAAAUACUAAUGGACUAUCGUAUGUUUUGUCCUUUGGAUGCCAUAUGUCUCUUUAUUAGUCCUGUUAUCUUAACCAUGCUGUUGGCUGCUACGUUAAAAAUCUGAUGUGCUGAGCUACAGGGAGUCUUAGCAAAGAUAGGGGAGGAGCUUCUAUUUCAUUUUUUCCAAGUCCUGUUGUAUAUCUGUCCCCCUGAAAAAGUUCUGUGCCCUCAUUAAAGGACACCUUGAGACACUGCACUACUUUAGUUCACUUUGCUUUGGUUCAAGCUGUGCUAAAAUAUGCAUUAAAAAUGUGGGAAGGAGGGGGGUAAGGGAAAAGUGUCUUUUCAGUGGUGACUGUGUUAAGCUUAUGACUGUUCACACUUUGUAUUAAAUGUCAGCUCAAUGAAGCCAUGAGCAGAAAAGUGAACAAGUUAAGGACAAAUACUUGAUUUUUUUUUUUUGUGAAUGAUGGUUAACUUACCAAAGUGAUGUAUCUUGUCAAGCAGACAAAGUAAUUUCUGCAGUAAACAGUGUUAUUGUUUUCAAGUACAGUAUUUUCAGGCAUUGACAUGUGAAAAUAACUGAAUAGCGAAACAGGUAGCAUAUGUUCAUUCUUGACCUACACUCCAGUAUGUAACAUUUAUGGUGAUUGUCUUAUUUGUAUAAAACAAAAGUUCUGUCAAAUUAAGUGGAGAAUUUUCAUAUAGAAGACUAUAUAUUAGACUAUAUUCAUCAGAAGAACGUAUUAAGAUUAAAUAAAUGAUUAGAACAGUAA